UUCCUUCCCAUUCACUCUUCUUGACUCUACAAAUCAGCUAUAAUUUCAACUAAAUUCUAACCCAAAAACAAAAAACAAAUUUCAAUUUUCAUUCCUCUUGUUUUCUGUGAAUUGAACCAUCCACAAUUACCACCAAAAACCACCGAGCCGCCUCAGUCAAACACCGACCACCACCACUGCCUACAACCACCAGCACCGACGACCACCGCAAUCACCACGCCCCACCGUACCUCCCUGCUCACUCUUCUCCUCCUCGCGAUCCCUAGCUCCUCCCCUAUCUUCUCUCUUUCCAUGUUCGUUGCACCACCAGCGCCACGUCCCACCACCUACUGCCACCAUCAUUCCCAGCCACCGCACCCACACCAACUCCCAAACAUGUCGCCACCUCGAUCAUCCACCACCGUCGCAUGGACCCCUUAUUCCUCUCCUCUCCUCGCAGCUCCGCAACUCCCCUCCCCUGCCUCCCUCUUUUCGUCCCCCCUGCUGCACCACCACAACCACACCACCACUCCCCAGCCACCGCACCACCCCUCUAGUAAACAUCCGCCCCAAUUACCUGGCAAACGGCUGCUACCGCCGCCUAGAACAACCCGAAAAACACCCCCUCCCCUGUUCCUCUCCCCUGUGUUCUCCCUGCUCGUGCUCCCCUUCCUUUCUCUCACUGUCGCACCACCCCCAACCACAAUCACCGGCGUUCUUUCGCCUCCGCGCCGCCCAGCCGCCGCCACCCUCCCUUCCCUUCCUUUCUUCCUUCUUCGUGCCUGUUGCUUGCCCCUCCCCUCUGCUCGACAUUCGCAAAAUCAGAAAACCAAUUUCCUGACUUUGGAAUUCUUCCAUUUAACCCAAAACAAAAGGGGAUGGGCCCAAAUUCUAAUGGCUUUGAAAUCGGACUUGGAGCUCAGGAAGAACGAUCCAUCAAACGGGAAGUAUAGAACUACGGUUGAGGUACUGCGGGGAACGAUGGAAACGAGUAGUGGCGAGGAAUUUCACUUUAUUAAUAUUCACCUAGUUUAUGCUUAAUGUUUAUAAUAGUUUAAUUAAAGACUUUUAGUAAUUUAUGUACUUGUAUUUUGGGAAUAUAAAUGA